GUCUUUCGCUUGUGUCAAUUGUGCUUUGAAUCGUGAAGAGACAAUCAGUAUGGGUGCAUUUUCCCACUUGACUGCAGCAGCAGUGCUUGGACUAUCAGUAGUCGUAACUGCCCAAAAUUCGAGCUCGUCUGCUGCUCUACCUAUUGUCGACCUUGGAUAUGCUCGUCAGCAGGCUUCAUCAUUCAAUGUAACUGGAGGCUACUACAACUUUUCCAACAUCCGUUAUGCUGCCCCUCCAAUUGGCGACCUCCGUUUUGCAGCGCCUCAAGCUCCUUCUGUAAACCGAUCCCAAGUCCAAACUGGUAGCGUCAGCCGUAUCUGUCCUCAAGCAAACCCAGCCUGGAAUGCCAUUGCUGCACAGUUCAUCCCAGCAUACCUGCUAGGACAGACAAACUUUACUAUGUCUGACUUCAACCUGACCACCUCCAGCAACACAACUGCAGCCCCAGCGAGAGACCCCAGAGAAAGCGAGGAUUGUCUUUUCCUCGAUGUCAUGGUCCCGGAAGGCAUUUUCAACUCAAACGAGCAGCACCCCGUUUUGGUCUGGAUCUACGGAGGUGGAUACACUGCCGGGUCCAAGGCUGGAUCUGGUAACCCCGCAGGAUUGCUCGAGCGUUCUCAAACAGACAACUCUAGCGGCGUCAUCUAUGUGUCCAUGAACUACCGUCUCGGCGCUAUGGGUUGGCUCUCGGGUCCCACUUUCCAGGAGAACGCUACAGCAAACGCUGGUCUGCACGAUCAGAGAUUUGCUCUGGACUGGGUGCAGGAGAACAUCCAUCUAUUCGGAGGUGACCCGAAAAAUGUAACCGUGUUUGGUGAAAGUGCGGGAGGAGGUUCAAUCAUGCAUCAGAUCACUGCUUACGGUGGAAACAAAGGUCCGGUUCCUUUUGCAGGCGCAGUAACUCAAUCACCUGGCUUCUUCCCUGUUGUCUCUCCAGCAACACAGGAGGGUGUGUAUAACGACUUCCUCGCCUUGCUAAACGUAUCCACCUUGGCUGAAGCACGCCGAUUGCCUUCGUCUGCCAUUAUUGCUGCAAACGCAAAACAAGUCGUUGCAGCAACCUAUGGCCAAUUCGUCUACGGACCCGCUGUAGAUGGCGAUUUCGUACCUGCACUGCCCGGCCAAUUACUCGCUCGUGGCCAAUUCGACAAGAACGUCUCCAUCAUGACCGGUCACAACGCAGCCGAAGGUCUGCUAUUCACCUCUCCCUUCAUCAACAGCGAUGCAGCACUUAGAGACUUUCUGACCAUGAGCUUCCCGGCCCUCAGCUACAUGCCAUCAACACUCAACUACAUCACCGAAACUCUCUACCCCCCAAUUUUCGACGGCAGCCAAGCUCAAAACUACACAAACCAGAUUGGUCGUUCGGAGGCGAUCUUGUCCGAGGUCAGCUUCACUUGCAAUGCAGUCUGGCUGAACAAGGCCUACAACAAUGAAACUCACGCCUAUCUGUUCAACGUGCCUCCUUCAAUCCACGGUCAGGAUAUUGCAUACACGUACUACAACGGUAACGGCUCAGCAAGCUCUACCGUAACCAAUGUCCCCGUCGCCAUCGCCAUGCAAGAGUACAUCACCGAGUUUGCAAAGACCGGUAACCCUAAUUUGAGAGGUGCUCCUUUCUUCCCCAUGUAUGGAAGCAAUGCCACCGUGCUGGCUUUGGGGCCCAGAAAUAUUGGACCGAUGAGAGAUCCUGCUGCCAGUGCUAGAUGCGCUUGGUGGCAGAAGGGUCUUUUCUAUUAGUAGGGCAUUGUUGGAUAUAGUUGGGUCUUGUGGCGGAUCAGGAAUCUUUGCAUACUGAAUAUGAGCU